CAAGACGUCAGACUUUUGAAAAUUGCAUGCAACAUUGUUAGCGCCAAAAUUUGUCCGAUCGUAUCAGGCGAAACCCAUCUCUGUCUGCUAUCUCAAACAAAUACAUUAUCAUCAAAAAAACCUCAUUUCCAGGUAUUGUGUCUUAUCAGAAUAAUCGUCACUUUGCGUCAUACCAGCCCGAAUAACAAACUCGUUGUACACGCAUGGAGUAUUUCAGUCGACGUUUAAAGUCUAACGCAUUAAGAGUCCAAUUUGGCAGGGGGCUUCUGUGGCAGUAGUAAGGAUGGUCAAUAUUCGACCCCUACCGGAAGCACUUAGUGAAAAGGCUCGUCUGGAGCUAAACGAAAGGCCCGAACGAAUCGAAGAAGAUUUGAGUGCUCUAAGACAAUGGCUCGCCAAGAAUCCCCACAUCCGAUCUCGGGUUGAUGAUCAGUUUCUGGUUUGCUUUUUACGAGGGUGCAAGUACAGUUUAGAGCGAACGAAAGAAAAGCUGGACAUGUUUUACACCGUCAGAACAAUGUCACCGGAACUCAUUCGGUCGCGGGAUCCGCUGAAUCCCCGAACUCUCGAAAUUAUUCGGCUGGGUGUUGGAAUUCCUCUACCACACACGGACACUCCAGACUCGCCACGAAUUCUGCUUAUUCGGCCCGCUGCUUACGAACCGAGUCAGUACACUAUCGAAGAGGUGAUACGAGUUAGUACCAUGGCAAAUGAUUUAAUGAUGAUCGAAGAUGACAAUUUUGUGAUAGCUGGGCAGAUUGGAAUUUUGGAUCUUGCCAAUGUGACCAUGGCGCACUUUCUACAAUUUACGCCAAGUUUUGUGAAGAAAAUGACCAUAAUGAGUCAGGAAGCGUCUCCAUUGCGACAGAAAGGAUUCCAUUACAUCAACACUCCCCAUGGAUUUGAAAUUGUGUUCAACAUGUUCAAAAGCUUCAUGAGUGAGAAAAACAAAUCCAGACUUUAUGUUCACGGUUGCGAUAUGGAUUCUUUAUAUAAAUAUAUACCUAAACGGUUAUUUCCUAUGGAAUAUGGAGGUGAUGCCGGACCAAUUCAGACCAUUAUCAACCAAUGCGAGGAAAAACUGCUUUCAUAUCGCGAAUAUUUCCUAGAAGAGGAUCAGUACGGAACAGAUGAAAAUAAACGACCAGGGCGCCCACGAAAUGCCCAAAGUAUGUUUGGUGUUGAAGGAUCAUUUCGGAAACUCGAAGUAGAUUAAGUUUUUAUUACGGAUUUAAUUGAA